AAGAAUCAACAUCCUAGAUAUCUUGGCAAUUAACAGGAUUGACCUGAGAAUGCCAGUGACGCAGUAAAAGCGACAUCAUACACCUUAUUCAAAACACAGUUCGUGUGAUAAGUCUGACAGAGCCGUUAUAUAACACAACAAGAAGCAACAAUCAUUCGGCAAUCGUGAACACAUGGUCAACAUGUCGAGAGUAGCAUUGAUUACGGGAGCCAGCUCAGGUAUUGGAGCGGCCAUUGCUCUGGAAAUGGCUAGAGUGGGCCACUAUGCCCUCGCUUUGACCUCUAAUGAGAGUAAAAACUUGGCGACCGUGGGUCAGCAAUGUUUGACAGAAGGUGCCAAGGAAGUUCACUUGAUGGUGAAGGAUCUCAUGGACUUGAAUCAAUGUCAGGACUUGGUUUCUGAGACCGUGGAACAUUUCAAAAAGAUGGAUGUGUUUGUGAGCUGUGCUGGCAUGUCUCAAGGCGCCCAAGAUAUCGAGGAUAAAUGCUUGAAAGGAGUGGAAAACGUGAUGCGCCUCAACUACUUGUCCCCGUUAGCUGUAACUCAAAAAGCACUACCACACUUGCUAAAAACCAGAGGCAGUAUUCUCUACAUUGGGUCGACAUUAGGAACGAUAUCCUCCUCCGGUGUGAUCGACUAUGCUGCUUCAAAGUCUGCAUUGCAUUCCAUGGCACAAAAUGUGGCUCAAGAGUAUUCCGCUACCGGCAUUCGAGUCAAUGUUCUGGCUCCAGGAGCCAUUGCCACUGAACUAUUCAACGACAUCAUGGGCGCCGCCAGUCCUGAACAAUUGGACGAGUUUGGCAGUCUGAUUAUUCCCAUGGGCCGACUGGGCCGGGCUCAGGAAAUCGGUCAUUUGGCGGAAUUCCUCGUUUCCGACAAGAACAUGUACAUGACGGGAUCUGUCAUCAAGGUUGACGGAGGCCAGGCCAACGAUAAAAAGGCCGGACAAUUUCGAGCUGGAGAAUUCAUGCGCGCUGUUGAGAUGGAAGCAGCCAACAAAAAAGGACUCAUUGUCAAUUAGCUUUGUUAUCCCCGGAGUUCGUCAGCACCUGCACCCAGAAUAGUAUUACAAAAGUGUUAAACAAAAUUUGCAACAAUUUGUUGUCGGAGCAAACUCAUUUCAACCCAUAAGGGGUUAGGCAUCGCGGACUAUUUUUCUGCUUUCGAGCUAAGCGAUUGACGA